AUGCCCUUAAUGCGCUCUCUUUUGACUGCGGUUCUUCUUUCUGUCGGCCGCCUGGCUGUGGCCCAGACCCUGAAGGUUGAUGGCCGAGAAGUUGCUGCCAACGCUUCCACCGUUGCCCCGGCUGCGGCGGUCGCUGACGCUCCCGCCGCCGCGGCCGCUGCCGGCCUCUUCACCGAGGAGAAUGUUCAGUUGACAGAUGCUGUCCUUGCCAACCUCACCGCCCUUGAGCUGUCCAACAUAUCCCUGUUCUCUUUCGAGGACUCGUACUCGGUUGCGAAGAGAUCACUCUUCGGCCGAUGCAAGACAUACCCCGGAGACUUCCUGUACCCCACCGACCUGAUCUGGAACAUCUUUGACCUCCUCCUGGGCGGUGCUCUUACCAAGACCGUUCCUGAAGCCUCGGUCUGCUACAACGACUUCGGCAACUUUGACAAGGCCAAGUGCGACUUCCUGACCGCCAACUGGGUCAAUGGCUCGUACAUUCAUACGGAGGAUCCCACGGCCAUCAAUGCCGUCCUCUUCGAGGGCCUGAGCUGCAUGCCUCCCACGAUCAAUGUCGGCGAGACUGACUGCAAGGUUGGCGGCCUUCCCUCGUAUGUCGUCGAGGCCACUCAGGUCGCCCACAUCCAGCUGGCCGUCAACUUCGCCCGCAAUCUCAACCUUCGCCUCGUCGUGAAGAACACUGGCCACGACUUCGGCGCAAAAUCCACCGGCGCUGGCUCCCUGUCCAUCUGGACCCAUAAGCUCAACAACAUCCAAUACUUGGAGAGCUACCAACAGGACUCGUACAGUGGUCCCGCCCUCAAGCUCGGCUCCGGCGUCCGGGCGUUCGAGGUGUAUGAAGCCGCAAACAAGUAUGGCGUCACUGCCGUUGGAGGCGAGGGCCAGACUGUCGGUAUCAUUGGCGGCUACGUCCUGGGCGGCGGUCACAGCCCCAUGUCCGGUCUGUGGGGCAUGGCCGCCGACAGCGUGCUUUCUUUCGAAGUCGUCACUGCCGAUGGCCGCUUCCUGACUGCCAGCGAGUCCCAGAACCCUGAUCUCUUCUGGGCCCUUCGCGGCGGUGGUGGCUCGACCUAUGGCGUCGUCACCUCUGCCGUCGUCAAGGUGUUCCCCAAGAUCAACAUCACCACCAUGACCUUUGCCUUCUCUACUGGGGCAAACGUCACCAACGACCAGUUCUGGGCGGCCCUCCGCGCCUACUUUGAUGGUUUCAUCGAGUACGCCGUCGACAACGCAAACUAUGAAUACUUCCGCAUUCAGAACCUGGGAACUUCUCUCGCCUUCGACAUGGGACCUUGGUGGGCUCCCAACAUGACUGAAGCGCAGCUCCGUGAGCUCACGGCGCCUCUCUUUGCCAAGUGGGCCGAGAUCGGUGUUAAAGUCGAGCCCGUCUACACAGAGUACGACAAUUUCCAUGAUGCCUGGCUUACCUCAUUCCCCUUGGAGCCCUGGGGUUCAAACGCCAUCCGCCAGGGUAGCCGUCUCUUCCCCAAGGCCAACUGGGAGGACGAGACCAAGCUCAAUGCGACCUUUGAGGCCAUCAAGUCCGUCGUCGAAGACGGUGGCCUCAUCAUUGCCUUCAACAUAAUGGCCGCGCCCAAGACCGGCUUCCCCGACAACGCCGUCAACCCUGCCUGGCGUGAGGCCGUCAUGCACUGUAUCGCUGCCGUCCUUUGGGACCCCACCGCCGAGGAGUCUGUCAGAAAGGCUGCCAGCGACAAGCUCACCUUCGACUGGGUCCAGAGCUGGCGUGACGUUUCCCCCGGUGCCGGUGCAUACAUGUCUGAGUCAGACUACAUCGAGCCCAACUUCACCCAGGCCUUCUGGGGCACCAAAUACGAAAAGGCUCUCGAUCUCAAGAAGAAGUACGACCCCAACGACGUCUUCUACGCCCAAAACGCCGUCGGCUCCGAGAACUGGGAGAUGUCGGAGAUGAUUCUAGGCAACCUGCCGUCCCAGAACAGUAAGCUGUGCCGCAAGCAGUAA